UUGAGUCCCGUGGUAGGGAUUCUGACGAGGCCACUGAGACAUCGGGUAACAGCUGUCUGCCUGUAGGGAGAGACGGGUGUGCGGGCUUGGCGCUUGGCAGGUAUAAGAUGGCCGAGACAGCUGCAGUCCCAAAGUUUUCAGCAAAGAAAAUCAGGAUUGAUACAGACCUCAUAACUGCUUCUCUCAAUCAGCUGCAUUUCCUUGAAGAAGUGGAUAGUCAGGCCUACAAAUUUCUGUAUGGAGGGAAGAACCUGGAGCCAUCCAUUCGUCGCUAUGAAAAAUUAUGGCUCCCUCUGGCAGCAGAAAACAGUGACAAACCGUUGGCAGCUCCUUUGGACAUUGAAUGGGUGUGGCACUGUCAUCUUCUGUCACCUCUUGCCUAUGAGGAAGAUUGCCAAGCAUUGUUCAACAAGACUGUGAAUCACAAGGUCAUGUCCUUGAAGGAGAGGAAGAAAUCACUGGCCAAAGCAAAGGUUCUGUGGACAGCCAGGUACCCCACUGAGCCAUUUCAUGUAACCUUCUCAAGCCUCUCUUCUGAAAGCGGUUUCAGCUUCACCUCCAACCUCUCUUAUGACUUAAAGGCGGCUGUUGCUCGGCAGAAAGUCUUCUAUUACCAGGUCUCCCUACCUCACUUUAGAGACCUGAAGUUUUUAGAACAAGGCUACCUUCGCUACAGGAAGUUCCUUUUCCUGAAACAGCAUUUCCCAGACAUCUACCUGGUUCCAUGUUACGACAUUGACCUUAUAUGGCACACCCAUCAACUCCAUCCGAUUGCCUAUCAGAAAGACACCAAGGCUCUUCUUGGACGGGUAUUUAACCAUGAUGACACUGUGAAUGACCGCACGCCUGGGUCACGACUUUGUGUAGCGGAUGUUGCCACAAGACUACUGUGGAAGAAGGUGUUUCAUGAGAACUUUGCAGUGAAUGGAGGUAUGUAUCGAGGAGAACCUCCAUUUGGCAAGCUCAGUUUUAUCAACUCAGUGGACUUGUUUAAGAUCUCCACCAAGGUGUGUGAUGUCACCCUGGAACAGGUUACCAUAGAUGACCCUGCAGGUAUUCCUGAAAAUUUUAAACUGAAAUUCUAUCUACGCCAAGGACCAAAUUUUAGCUCCCAGAGCCUUCUGCGACUGCCUGGUCCUGAGACAAACUGGGAUGGCAAGAGCUUGCUCAAGUUUCAGUAUGAUACAGGCAAACACUCUGCCCUGCAGGUAAUUCUACAGUGUCAGAGUGGAUUUGCGUGCAUUCGCAUGAAGAAGUACAUGGUGGGUUCGUGCUGUUACGAGUUCAGUCCAGUCAUAGAGUCAGCUCCUAUGAACACAAAGUCCUCAUUCUCUGACACCUUUGAGCUGAGGAAAAAGGUAAGCGAGACUGAAUGGAACAUGAUCCCGCUCUCCAUCAAAGCCACCAUCCAGCCCCCACAGCGAGGCCCCUGUAACCUGUCCCUUCUCAGGGGCUCUUAUGAGACGUGUACCAUGCCAGAACACAUAGAACAGAUGUGGGGCCCAAUACCCCUCAAGCAGUUACCCAGGGGCACAGAUAACACCUGCGUUGUGGCAUGUCACAGGCUGAUCAAUCACAUGAAGAAGCCUGUGUUUACUUGUCGAAUUAUCCACAGUCUGCCCCUGCUGAUGUCUGCUGUCCAAGUGUUUUACCAGGACAAGAUGGUGGCUGUGGCUCACCUGAUUGGCAUGGAUCAAUUACCUGCGAUAGAUCAGGUGAGACCAACUGUAGACGAUGUACGUGUUGCCCUGAGCCCAAAAGAAGGCGAGAGAGCACUUCUGAUUAAAAACGGCCAGAGUGACUGGGCACUCAUGUUUGGGAAAUGGGAGGGAUUUAGGUGUGGGAUACCUGGAACUUCAGGUCGACGUGGGGUGAAAGGUAGCCCAGGCCAUUUAUCAGUCAUGCUGUUUAAGCUCACCACAUCGUCAUGGGAGUACGUAAACCUACCGUAUGAGCUGCACAAAUUUGACUUCUGCAUUGACAAGAUGUCGGUGGACCUGAAGGACGGAAGGAUAAGGAUAAGUGGCAGCUGUGAUGAGGUAGCAGAGAACCUGGCUGUAGCAUUCAGUGUUGCCCUUCUGCACGUCCUCUGUCAGCCUCGCCCCAAAGACUGGAAGCCCGGUGAUCCUAUGCACCCACCUUCGACCCGCGGCACCCGUCAGGUGCUCACCAUUCCAUCAGAGUCCAUGGCCUUGAUCGAUGCGGCUGGUUAUGUGGUUCACACCCCAUCCAACCAUUACAUUAAACAGAGGAUUGACCCAAGUUUUGUGGCUGUGGACUGUGCCGGGUGUGCAACGGUUGGGGAUGCCACGGACAUGGUUGGGGGAGAUUUUGAUGCGGGUGACAUUGGAGAUAUGGGUGAUGCUGGUGGGUGCGGAGGGUGUGGGGGCUGUGGUGGAUGUGGCGGGUGUGGUGGGUGUGGGGGUGGGUGUGGAGGAGGUUGUGGGGGCUGUGGGGGUUGUGGAGGAUAG